AUGAAGGUUCCUGCGUCCUGUCUCUUAGCCUUGUUGGCUGGUAGCCCAGCUCUGAGUGUCCCUUCUCACCAUGACGCUUUUCUAACCAUCGACACAACAUCGGGCAAACUAACAGGCUUCAUCAAUUCCACUGCUCCUUCUGUUCGCCAAUUCCUCGGUGUUCCUUAUGCUGAGCCACCACUCAAGUCUCUGCGCUUCCAGCCUCCCCGUCGUAAGCAUAGCAAGGCUUCCCUUCCCGUCACCAAGUAUGCACCAUCAUGCAAGCAAGCACUCAGCAAAGCGCCGACAGUGUAUACCGAGCACAUGCCUGAGUUUCUUAUUAAUGGCGGCGACUCUGAAGACUGUCUGUACCUCAACGUCUACGCUCCGUUGAAGCCGAUUAGAAAGCGCUUGCCUGUGUUCAUCUAUAUUCCCGGUGGCGGCUUCACCGGUGGCGGCGCAGACUCGCUUUACAAAAUCCCCGACAAGUGGAUCCAGCGGACUCAAUCUCACGUUGUAGUCAUCAUGAACUACCGUGUCAAUGUAUUCGGCUUCCCCAAUGCAAAAGGCGCGCAUCAGAACGUCGGUUUGCUGGACCAACGCAUGGUCGUUGAGUGGGCACGCGAUAAUGUUGCAGCCUUUGGAGGCGAUCCGGAUCGAAUGACACUAUGGGGCCAAUCUGCCGGUGCAGGAUCAGUGGGGAUGUACGGAUAUGCUUAUCCCAAGGAUCUCAUCGUCAAGGGCCUGAUUUCUGACUCCGGAUCUCCGAAUAUGCUAGUCAAGACAUUGGGCAACUACACUGACUUCGACACCAUUGCUACCAAGAUCGGGUGCAAGGGAGGCAAGCAGCUGGAGUGUAUGCAGAAGGUUGAUGCUUCUACUUUGCAAAAGGUUUACUCAGAAACUACGGGUGUUUCUUUUACUCCUGUUGGAGAUAACGUGACGGCGUUUUCCAACACGACCGAUCGCCUGGCGAGAGGACUGGUUACUAGAGUACCUUGGAUCUUUGGUAAUAAUGCCAAUGAAGGCGCUGGCUUUGGCGCUUAUAACGAAAGUGGCCAGUCCGCUGCACAGACUGCCAUAGGUCUAAACGCGAUUGUCUGUCCCGUUGCCGCGGAAGUCAGUGCUCGUGCUAAGUAUGGUUAUCCAACUUAUCGGUACUACUACACCGGAAACUUCUCCAAUAUCUCACCACUUCCAUGGAUUGGAGCCACCCACAGCGCCGAACUACCCUUGCUGUUUGGAACCCACUAUGAGUAUCGUGGCAACUCUACCGAGUACGAGUGGCAGGUCGCCGCGGGAAUGCAAAAUCUCUGGCUCUCAUUUGCCCAAAAUCCUCACAAGAGCCCGGCUAACGGAAAGGGCAUUACCUGGCCCUUGUAUGAGCCCGACCAGAAGAGGAUGGCCGUUUUUGCGGAGACAGGCAAGGAGUGGUUCCAAUUGGGUGCUGAGAGUCUCACUGAGAGGCAGUGUACUAAGCCUUGA